AUAUCAGCUGUUUUUGGCAUUUCUUUUGAUUUUGUCUUGUCAUUAUUUGUUUGAAUUGAAUUGGCGUUUUUUGAAUUCCUCAUCCUUUCUUGUGAUGAUAUAGUUACAUUUAACCCUCGUAAGAAAACCCAGCUAUCGUUUCUGUUGUUUUAAUUGGAGUUAUUUCAUUAAACAUAGGUACUCAUAACCUCUAAGAAAACAAGGAAAAUGGAAUUUCCAACUCUCGGUGAAAACUGCCAGUACGAAAACUGUAAUCAAAUAGAUUUUCUACCUUUACAAUGCAAAUGCGGUAAAGUGUUCUGUCGCGAACAUUUCAACGCGCAUUGUUUAUCUGGCGAGUGCGAAUUGGCGCCAGAACCGAAAGAAGUUAACCUCAAAACUGACGAUAAAAUAUUCAAAUGUUCCGAAAAAGGUUGCAGGAAAGGAAGUCUACAUGAAAUGUUGUGCUCUAAAUGUGGAAAACACUACUGCAUAGAACAUAGGUUUCAUCCAUCAUGCCCAGAAAUUGAUGAUGAAACAAUGGCGGCCAAGAUAGAGCAGUUGGAAGCUCCACGGAGACAGUUUAGAGAGGCCAAUAAACAUCUACAGGAGAAGAUAACUGAAAACAUAAGAAAAGCUCUACAAUCAUCAGCCAAAGUGAAGACUGCUUCCAAAAUUCACCUUAUGAGGAUAAAACAGAAGGCAGUUGGACCUAAAACCAUACCCGCUUCAGACAGGGUCUAUUUUGCCAUUGGCAAGCCCAAGUCUUCUGAGCCAAAACCCGUAAAAAUUAUUCAAGAUGUGGAUAAUAUUGAUUACAUUGAAUCUUUAACUUUAGAUCCAGAUUUAAAAGAUACAGUACCAGUUUUUAUAAGCUCAAAAUGGAGCUUAGGCAGAGCCAUAGAUAGUAUUUGCGAUUCUUGCAAUAUAAAGAAUGAAAAUAACAAAAUGGGCGAUACAAAAUUAAGAAUAUUUCGGCAACUGGAUGGGUAUUGCGUAAGUCCUUUGAAAAUGGACGUAGAAAUCAGUGAGUUGAUGAAACAAGAGGUUUUACUAGAAGGAGACAAACUCAUGGUUGAACAUAUUAGCAGCAAAGUGAUAACUGACUUAGACGAAAACACUCAAGUAUUCUUAAGUUGAUACUCUUGUGAUCAUCUAAGUAAAAAAAUUAAUAAAUAAUUUACUUACAAUACAA